AUGUCUUCCCCAGCUAAUUCCAAGGAGAAGCUCUUCCCUGGCAUUUCCACGACUGAGACCAAGCUUCUAGUCCUCGCCAAUGUCUGCCUGAAGAACGACAAAUGCACCACAAAGAUUGACUACGACAAGCUUGCUUCGAAUGCGGGAAUCAAGGCGUCUUCCGCUCAAACCCUUUUCCGAAUGGCCAAGCGAAAGCUCGACAAGCUGUUCGGCGAUGACAAUCCUGAUGAUGCCAAUGGCAGUGGCAAUGGAAAUGGUGCCCAGGCCGAUAUAUCACCUGAGGAGCCCCCGUCCAAGCGUGGAAAGUCGACCGUGAAGGCCAAGCCUCGCACUCCGAAGACUCCUAAGCCUCCCAAGACCCCCAAGACUCCCAAGGCGACCAAGACCCCCAAGGAUAGCAAGGGCGCUGUCAAGUUCGAGGAGAGCAAAAGCCAGAUCCCCGUCGACCCCAAGCUUAGUCCUACCACCACGUCCGCCACCGUUUUUGCUGAAGAUACUAGCCGUGAAAUGGCCGUUGCUGACCCUUCCGCUGACCCUUCCGCUGACCCUUCCGCUACUAUUGACGCUACAAAGGUCAAGACUGAAGACCAGGAUGAAGGAAAUGAGAACAUCGACAAAUACGAGAAGACAGACGAGGACGCACUUGAUCUAGCUGUGAACCGGCAACUUCCUGAGUCUCCAUUGCCCAAAGAAGAGGAUGAUCCCACCUAUGAGGACGUGCAGGAGGACGAAGAGCACGAGUAUUAA